AUGGUUAACUUAAAUUGGCCAGAACAGAAGAGAGACAAACUAACAGUAGAAGCUAACCCUAGCAGAGGCAGAAGAGUCACAAGGGAGGCUAAUCAGAGACCAAGAGCAACCAUUUCGAUUGGGGUAGUUCUGUGCAGUAGGUGUAAAUGUGAAAGUGAAUUGGAAGUAACUUUGGAUAGGCAAAGUCAGCCCACACCUGGUGUCUUUGACAUGAUCGGGACAUCGUACCAACCGGGCCCAGCUUAG